AUGGUUGUCAAUGAGGUAGCUCCACCGGAGCGUAAACAAUGGACUAAUCCUAUUGAAUUUUUUUUAACAUUGGUUGCAUUUGCGGUUGGCCUAGGAAAUGUUUGGCGUUUCCCAUAUCUUUGUGCAUUUCUCAUACCAUAUACCUUUAUGCUUAUUUUUAUUGGGGCACCUGUCUUCUAUCUUGAAUUAACAUUGGGACAAUUUACCAGUGCUGGUCCAUUGGCAGUUUGGAAAGUCAAUCCAUUAUUACGAGGUAUUGGUUAUGCAUCAAUGGCUACGAACUGUUUUUGGGGUUUAUAUUACAUGGUUCUUAUUGCUUAUUGUUUUUAUUAUCUUAUUGCAUCAUUUCAACUUGUUGUUCCAUGGUCAACUUGUGAUAACUGGUGGAAUACACCAUUAUGUACUGAUCAAAAGACAUUAGCUAAUAUGAGUCGAACUGAUCUUAUUUCAAUGAGAAAUAUGACAAGUUCACCUAGUGAAGAAUAUUUUUAUCGUCGAGUAUUACAAAUUAGUAGUGGAAUUGAAAAUACAGAUGGAAUGGUUAUUGAAUUAGUUGUUGCUUUAGCUAUUGCUUGGCUAAUAUGUUUUCUAGCAUUAUCAAAAGGUGUUCAAUCAUUAGGCAAAGUGGCAUAUUUUACUGCCCUAUUUCCAUAUGCUAUGUUAACAGUUCUAAUUAUACGUGGAGCAACAUUAAGUGGUGCUGUUGAAGGUAUUAAAUUCUAUAUGGGAACAAUUAAUUUAAGUGUAUUAAAAAAUCCAUCUGUCUGGAAAGAUGCAUGUACCCAAGUUUUUUAUGCGUUAAGUUGUUGUAGUGGUGGUCUGAUUGCAAUGGCAUCAUUUAAUAAUUUCAAUAAUAAUAUCUAUCGUGAUACUUUAGCUAUUUGUUGUGUUACAUGGUUUACAAGUAUAUUUAGUGGAUUUGCAAUUUUUACGGUUUUAGGUCAUAUGGCAACUAAAAUGGGCGUGAGUGUUGCUGAUGUAGCUAAAGGAGGACCUGGUUUAGCAUUUGUUGUUUUUCCCGAAGGUUUAUCAAUGAUGCCAUUUGCACCUUUAUGGUGUUUUCUAUUCUUUUUAAUGAUGUGUACACUUGGUUUUGGUUCAGAAUUUUCUAUUAUGGAAACAGUUAUGGCUAGUUUAAUUGAUGAAUUUAAAAUCUAUUUAAAUACACCAAAGAAAAUUAUUUUAUUCCGGUUUUGUUUAUCAUUUAUUUUUUUUCUUGUUGGUUUAUCAAUGGUAACACGAGGUGGUCUUUAUGUUUUAAAUAUUGUCGAUCAAUAUCUCGGUGGUUUUCCUUGGUUAGUCAUCGGUGUUAUUGAAUUAUUUUGUAUUUCAUGGGUUUAUGGUAUGGAUAAUUUUUGUGAUGAUAUUGCAUUAAUGUUAGGUGAAGAACGACGUCCAAAAGUAACAUUAGAUGAUUAUACAUAUCCACCAUGGGCUCUUGCGCUUGGUUGGAUGGUAGUAAUAAUAUGUCUUGGUUGGCUUCCAUAUAUAUUUUUUGUUGAAAUUUGUCGUCGUGGAACAUGGAAUAUCAUUAAACAAGCUCGUUUGCCUCAUGCUGAAUGGGGACCAGCUAGAGAAGAACAUCGACAAUUAUCUAAUCGUUAUACAAGUAAUAUUCAUAUGAAAAAUUUAAGUAUGCAAACAUUAACAUCAAUUGAUAGUAUUGAUUUAAAUUCUGAUUUAUUUGUUAAAAAUUUAUCAAAUAAAUCAAUUACAUCAUUUUGA